AUGGAUGAAAAAGGAUGGAUGAAGACCUUUCUUCAAUUUAAAGAAUAUAUUAAAACCAACAUUGAAGCAUUACGUGAGAUUCGUGGGUCUUUACAGCUUUCAAAUCCAGGAACAGUUGAAUAUUUGUCUCGAGAAGCUCAGCAAGAUGUAUUAUUAAGUCGUAUGAUGUUUACAGGAGCAAGAGCAGAUCUAGGGAAAGUAUUUUCAUGCAAAGAUGACAUAACAUUCCAGACAACACAUUCAUUUUCUAUGGGAAGUCAACAGUUUCCUUUGUAUAGUUUUGGAACAGUUUUUGGAACAAAAAAAUUUGUUGCAACUGGGAAUAUAGAUAUGGACGGACAGUUGUCCAUGCGGACGAGUUAUCAAUGGAUGCCCCAAUUGACAAGUAAAAUUCAGAUGCAGCUAACUUCCAUGGCUGGACAAUCUGUUGUACAGUUAGAACAAGAUUAUCAGGGACCUGAUACAAGUAUUAAUGUAAAAUAUAUGAAUCCGUCUUUUUUAGACAAUGGAUUAACCGGUAUUGUUGUUGCCAGUUUUCUUCAAACAAUCACACCAAAAUUGUCACUGGGAAUUGAAGGUGUUUAUCAAAAGCCUCCUUCUGCUGCUGGGCCCGAAGACACAACUCUAAGUUACCUUGGACGCUAUGUUGAAAAAGACUGGAUUGCUACUGCCCAAAUAGCAUCACAGGGUAUCUAUUCCUUAACAUAUUGGCGUAGACUCUCUCCAAAAGUUCAAGUAGGUGCAGAGUGCCAGCUCGUAACUGCAUCUCCUCCCAUUGCUCCUCUUGGUGUUAUCAAAAAAGAGGGUAUCACUGCCGUUGGUGCAAAAUAUGAGUUUAUGAAUAGCGUUUUUAGAGGACAGAUAGACACUGCUGGAAAAGUCUCCUGUCUUUUUGAAAAACGUUUAGCAAAUGCACUUAUGUUUACAUUUUCUGGAGAAUUGGAUCAUCCUAAAAACUCUGUCAAUAUCGGUGUCGCUAUUACACUUGAAAACAAUAAUAGUCGUAAUGAACAAUAA